CAAAUGAUUUUUCUUGAUGAAUUCACUGACGAGCUUAUUCUUUUUCUUGAGUCAUUAAUUACUCGUGAUAUUCAAGUCAAAGGAAUUUUUGAACAAUGGAAGAUGCAACUUCGGGAUAAGGUUCUUUUGUUGGCCAACAAAUAUUUUGAAGAAAACCGUGGUGGUGGAGCUAAACUUGAAUUUGCUUUGGGAAACGAUUCCGAACUUUCAACGGUUUCUGCAACUUCGCUAACAAUUCCUAAAGAUCAAGAACGAACAAGUAAUUCCUCUAUUGCAAAAUCUAUAAGUGCUGUUGAUCUUCGCCUUCUUAGAGAAAUGCGAGAGGGCCGACUGAAACAUCGUAACUUAGAACAACAUUGUUGUAGUUCACUUAAAGCUGUUGAAUUAAGACGGAUUCAUUUGGAAGAACGCUAUCGAAUUCCAUUGGCAAUUCUUCCUUAUGAGAACUAUAACUAUGAUGAGGUGAAAAAUGCUUGCUGUGAGAAUGUAAUAGGGUAUAUGCCUGUUCCUACGGGUGUUGCCGGUCCUUUAUAUUUUGAUGGCGAAAUGGUACCUAUUCCACUAUCAACUACUGAAGGAGCGCUUGUUGCUUCUGUUAGUCGCGGUUGUCUCUGCCUUAAUGAAUCUGUAAAAUUGCUUGGUACGGAUGCAUUUUACACUCAAGUAAUACGUGAUGGAAUGAGUCGAGCUCCUGUGCUUGAAUUUGAUUCAAUUAAAGAUUGCUAG